AUGGUACCCUUGGAUGCAUUACUGUCUCAAUUUUGCCCGCCUCUAGACCCAAGUCUUGUUUUGGCAAUUGCUCGAGAGUCAGGGAGGUCUUAUUCUGAUACAGUUGAGAUACUUGGUGCGUUAGCUGAGGCCGCGCAGCCGGAAGAGUCAGCGGAGGAAAACGUGGUAGAUGCACUCGUCCAGGACUGGGCAUCGACACCAUCAAAAGUUUGUCCCACAAAGACGCAGGGCACCGAACAGACUGAUACUUUGCUAAAUAACCCGGUACUUUUAUUUUUACAGCAGUCGUUCCCCGGGAAGGAUAUUUCUUCGUUACAAACUGCGCUGCGUAAUGCAGACGACGAUGUAGACGUGGCGGUCGAUACUUUGUUCGCUCACGAUAUACUUGAACAAGGGGAGCGCAGUGUAGAAGAAUCGAAAUCUUCACGCGGGGCAGGGCUAGACCUGGAAGUGCUGUCGCAUGGCCUACAAGCGAAACGCAAAAACAUACCAAAGAAACAUGCCGCGCCGAGUAAGAAAGGCGAUGCAGUCACGGUAAGCAUGACUGAUCAUCGCAGCGCGCAUCAUAUCUACUAUGACACUCGCAUGCGCCCAAAAGCACCCACUACUUUGUGCCCCGAUCCUAUUGAUCACACGGCGAGUGAAGCGCUCACCGAUGAACAACUGGCCCGCCAUCUCCAGGAGGUAGAGCGCAAGGCGGUAACAAGGCAUGACAUACCCGUGAGUGAGCAGCAAUGGCUGCUUUCCUCCUCAACUCUUACGCAACUAGCGAUACUGCUUGACAUACCGCAACCUAAAGUGCAAGGCAUAUUUAAUCAUGCCUCGUUUAACUUGCACGUCACGCUGGCGCGUUGCGUUGCACUGGCUGCGGCACGGCCAGAAGCACAAGCCGCUGCAAACACGGGAGAUUUUGACGCUAUCGUUUCUGCACUUGCGAACAUCACCCACAAGAAUCAAAGCGACAUUCGACAACUUCUCAUCGCGACCAAAGGCCAGCAAGACGCGGUCUUGGAUAUUGUACAACUGCAAGACAUUGUUGCCGCAAGCGCAGACGGGUUGCACAAUAGACCCGACGUGCUUGAUCCAAGCGGCCGUCUUUUAGACAACACUGGCUCCAAAACUAUUUAUACCCCUACUGUUACUGCGAAGCGCAACAAUUCCAAGUCGGCAGCGGCAGUUUGGCUGGAACCAAACGCGCGAGGCUAUGCUGCACGCGCUGCGCAGCCCACGACGCCUUUGCCUAUGGCCACACCUGCUGCUGCACUACGCAAAGGACAAUCCGCAGUUGUUCUUCCUGCAUCUGCGCAAGUGACAAAUUUGGAUGAUGUGGCAGAAGGACUGGAUCUUGAAAUCUAUUCUGCGGAAGAGUGUCAAGCCCGUGUCGACGAGUUCCGUGCGAAACGUGAUAUGGCGCUUCGACAAGCCGGUGUUGCCGCACGUCAAAGUCGCGUGGCGAACUUGGGUGGAGCAACGUCGGUGUACGCAGAAGAGGCGCGCAAAUAUGGUGCCCAGGCGCGUCGUUGGCAACUUCGCGGAGCUUCUGCUCUGGUGCACGAGCGCAAAAGUGGUAAUAAUACUAUUUCGUAUGUGCCUACAAACGGAAAACAAGUUUCAGAGAGCAUCGAUCUACAUGGUUUGAGCGUGCACGAGGCGCUGACUGUAAUGCAACAGCACGUACACCGCUGGGAAACACGCAAACGUGAUCCGGACCAGCCAGGUCGCGUCGCAUUCGAGGUGGUUACUGGCCGUGGAUCACAUAGCAAGCAUUACACCUCGGUGCUCCGACCUGCAGUGAUACGUUUAUUAACACAGCUAGGUUGGUCAGUGGACCAUACGUCCAACCCAGGCGUGCUGUAUGUAGAACCGCCUAAAGUUUAA